AUGUCACAAUACGAGAAUGCACCUAAUCAAUCCAUCUUGGUCAAGGGCUCGAAGAUGGCUUAUCGUUGGUUGGGACCGAAACAUGGGAUUCCGGUGAUUCAUCUCGUAUCAUUCAGUCUCACACCAACCAGAGCUACAAUGAGCCAGAUAGAUCCGGUUUCUGUGAAUAAGAUAGCUGAGAAGCGACCAGUCAUUCUCUUUGACAACGCUGGCUGGGCGGAUUACUGCGCAGAACUUAUCGUACAACUCGGAUUUAAUCAAGUGGAUGUCUUGGCCUUUUCGAUGGGCGGAUGCGCAGCUCAGAUGAUGGCAUUGAAUUAUCCAGCUUUGGUUCGCCGUCUGAUCCUCAUUGGAUCCCUUCCAAGUAUUGGACCAGGAGUCAUACUCCCGCCGCCCGCGCCCUUUCAGGGUAUCCGCAUGGCACAUGAUCAUGAGUCUCAGGAAGCUGCGCUGCUGGAAUUUUGUUUUCACUCUUCAGAUGCCAGUCAGGCAGCGGGGAGAGCCACGUUUCGGAGAAUGCUUGAGGCCAGAGAUGAUUGGUCUGAUUUGAUUGAUGCUGAUAGUACCCGACGUCAAGUGCAGGCGUUUGCUAGGUUUAUGAAUCCACAACGCUCAUCAGAAGGCUCUUUCAGGCGAUUCAACGAACUGAGAAUUCCGAUUCUGAUAAUUAGAGGUCAGGAAAAACCAGGAUCCCACGACUAUGUCUUCGAAAGACAAACAUGCCAAGCUAUGGCGAGACAAAUGUACAAUGCUACUGUCAGUGUUUACGAGUUUCCGGAUGCUGGCCAUGCUCCACACUGGCAAUAUCCAGAGGAGUUUGCCGAACUUGUCGACUCUUUCUUAUGUACUGAGGACACAAUGACUGCCCAAGAGCUACCAGAAAACUGGGUGCGUUGGAUUCAUGGUUCGGACUUGAUCAGCAAGAUUUGA